AUGCUCGACGAGAACAAUCUUUUUCAACAAGCGGCUGUCGCUUCUUCGGCUUAUGCUUCCAUGGCUGCAUUUACUGCUGCAGCAAAUAUGUACAGUUCGUUCUAUCCAACAACUGCAAAUCCCGAUCCGAAUAACUAUCUCGGUUGUAAUGAAAUGCAACGUGAACGACUCGAUCCAAAAGUCCGAGUGAAACUAGAAGGACUAGAUCUAUGGAAACAGUUUCAUUCACUAGGCACUGAAAUGAUCAUUACAAAAAAUGGGCGACGGUUGUUUCCAACUUUUCGUGUUUCUGUUAGUGAACUUGAUCCAAAUAUGAAGUACAUGUUUCUACUUGAUAUUGUUCCGGUGGAUGAUAAUCGAUACAAAUAUCAAGAAUCUGCAUGGGUGAUAUCUGGCAAAGCUGAACCUCAUGCAUAUGGACGGUAUUUCAUUCAUCCUGACAGUCCACAAACCGGUGAGCAAUGGAUGAAACAAUCAAUCCUAUUCAACAAAGCGAAAAUCACUAAUAAUCCUAUGCAGAAUCCAGAUCAAAUUCUUCUCAAUUCGAUGCAUCGAUAUGUGAUUCGGUUGCAUAUCGUUCAAGCAUCAGAUGAAUAUUCGAUUCGAACAGGUCCGCUCAGCACAUACACAUUCAACGAAACAGUUUUCAUUGCUGUCACUGCUUAUCAAAAUGAUGAGAUCAAAAACUUGAAAAUCGAUAACAAUCCAUUUGCUAAAGGUUUCCGCGAACCAACACACGGGAAAAAAAACAGUUCAAAAGCUCUCAAACGUCUCCAAUCCAGUCUACCAUUAGACAAAUCAACCAAAUACGACGAUACGCAUCAUCGCUUAUGUAAAAGUGAUACAUCAUUACUAUCUUCAAAUUCCAUUUCACCACCAGUACACCAGCCCAUUGUCGAUUCAACGUACGGUCAUCCUGAGCCUGAAGCUGAUCCAACGAAUUUCAACUUUUCAUCUGCGUAUCAACAGCCGCUCGCAUACAAUACGUAUCCAAAUGAUUCGUCAUUGUUGUACAAUCCAUAUAUCGGUUCGACCAUGUCGUUUUCUCCUUACGGAUACUAUUCAUCGAACAAUUUUUCGGCCCCAUUUUUUUGA